UUAGGAAUUAAACAUAAUUCUAUUUAUUUUGUUGAUUUUUAAAUUAAAGAACUAUUAUCAUAGUUUAUUUGAAUAGUGUAUUUAUUAUUAUAGUGAACUUUUAGUAAAACAAUGUGUGAUGUGCUUCUAUCUACUAUCUUUGUGAUAUUAUUUUAGUUCCCACAUUUUCAUUCUCAUUUAGAUAUUAUGACACAUCUUUUAAAAAGCGUUUGGCGCAAUGUGCUGAGAGGGAGCCAACUUAGUAAUUCUUCAGUGAGAACUACUAACUUUUCAAAUGUUACAGAGUUGGUGAGAAACAAACCCCCUGAUGCCAUCAUGUCAAGUAUAAGAACGGCCCCAAGUACAUCUGAUGUACUUGCGAUGGUCCAAGCAAAUUUACAACACAUGACCCAUAGACACAUGUUACAAGCUCUCAGAACAUUAUUUGAGCUGCAGAAAGGUAGCAAGUACGGUGAAGGUACAGAUGCAAUCAUUAAAGAUCCAACUUUUAAUGUUCUGUGUCAAAACUUCAAAAAGCACGCGCGUUCUUUAGAAGUGGGCGAAGCAAUUGAAGCAACCAAAGUUCUCUCUUUUCUCAAAGUGCCCGUUGACUCCCUGAUAGCUCAAACUAUGUUACAAAUAAUACGAUGUAAUAUUAACUUAUUAAAUAUACAACAGAUAAUGUUUCUAGACUUCGUUCUGUCACAAUUUCAUAGUAAAAGUCAUUUGGUGGAUGCCCUCAAACUGGCUCUACCCUUAGCUUUCCAAAUCCACCUUCCACUGGAACUCGACAACAAGGACUUGCCCCUUUUAAGGAAUAUGCUGUUGUAUUCCUGUAAUCACAAUCUCCCGGAUCGUUGCAUCAACAACGUAGUCACUGGUCUGCUUCUGAAUGAUCAAGCGAUCAACGCGCAAACAGCGAAAUCUAUCAUAUGGGCCCUUUGUCUUGUAAACUGUACUGAGGAUAAAUUCCCAACCAGGGUACAGUUGUUGCACAUUUGCUGCGACAUAUUAACGCAGUCCAUAGACAGCCUGUCUUACGAUGAAGUUUUGAAAACGGCUGCUAAGUUAAAAGGAAGGAUAUUAGACAAGCAUCCGGAGUAUUAUCACCAGCAGUUAAUUGACGCCAUCGCGGACUACGUCGUGAAGAAUCGCAUACAAUUUGAAAAAGGCUUGUUGGUUGCGCGGGUUCUGUCUAGAAUCGCACACACCCACCUUGGUCUAGUCGAGUACCUCUGCAAUGAAGCCGCUUCCGAGGCUGAAACGUUAUCGAACGCUCGCACCAACAUUUUAUUUGGCUUCAUCAACUGUUUGUCCAAUAAUAACUACACUCCAGAACGCGAACAGUGGAAUCAGCUUAGAAGUCAGAUAUCGCAGAACCCGAUCCUCAACUGUACAAAUGCGUCGUUACCUUGGACUAAAGUGUGUCUCGAACUCGCUUCAUUAGGACAUUACGAAGACAAAGUUCUAGAAAGAGUAUUUUCAAAAGAAUUCCUGGACGAGUUCCUAUCAAGAGAGAAAAAUAUUUUGGACUAUCUCCAACUAUUGACGUUGAACGAGGCUGUCCGGACUUUUCACAGCGAAGAAUAUAAAUUGCCUGAAGAUGUUUUACAGAAAGCAAAAGAUAUGUAUCCGGUUCACACGUUACCAAGUCCAUUAGUAGAACAUUUAGCGCGAGGUCUGGGUGGUCCGAAGUAUGUGGCAAAGAAUGUAGUGUUGCCCAAUGGAAUUAUAGCAGAUAUGGUAGUAUGUAUUAAAGGUGGAUACCCCGUGGAAUUUCAAAUUGCCAGUAGUAAAUUAAAGGUACCGAUAGAAGAACUGAAUAUACCGCAAGGAGCAAUUGUAGUAUGCAUAAUGAAUUUCAAACAAGGUUGCUUCUCAAUGAAUAGCAACCGUCUUCGAGGUUCCUUCCGUCUGAUCGUUGACCUGUUAGAGAAGCAAGGGUAUGCUACGGUUGCGUUCAAUGUCAACAAGUGGCUUAGAACGCCUGUACAUGAACGUACCCCAUACCUCAUACGAGAGAUCGGAUACAAAUGUGGCGAAAUAGGACUCAAAUUGUCUGUGACUUAAUAAUGAUAAACAUAGUUAAUAAAAUUAUAUAGAAAAAUUAUAGUGAUUAAAUGCUGGUCAACUUGUUGAUUUUUUUA